GAAAAUCCCAAUCCCAAACAAGGACCAAUCAGAUGGUGCUAAUGUGUAUGUAUCCUAAUCCAUAUCAUCCUCUCAUUUCCAUUUAUAACCCCCUGCCCCCCUUCUCCAACUCAUUACCUUGCAAACAGCUUCUUCAUUCUCUCACAGGACAACAAAGAGAACACAACAGCAGCAACAAAAGAAGCCUCUCCACAGUAUCCAUGGCAACCUCUGCUAUCCAACAGUCAGCCUUUCUAGGCAGCCGGGCGGCUUCGAAGCGGCCUGCUAGAAAGAGCAGCGGCUUCCGCGUAGUGAUGCGGAGGACCGUAAGAAGUGUUCCUCAAAGCAUAUGGUACGGGCCGGACCGCCCAAAGUACUUGGGCCCAUUCUCCGAGCAAACCCCAUCCUACCUGAAGGGAGAAUUCCCCGGCGACUACGGCUGGGACACUGCUGGGCUCUCGGCCGACCCGGAGACGUUCGCCAAGAACCGCGAGCUCGAGGUGAUCCACUCCCGAUGGGCCAUGCUCGGCGCAUUGGGCUGCGUCUUCCCCGAACUCCUCGCGAAGAACGGCGUCAAGUUCGGCGAGUCCGUCUGGUUCAAGGCCGGGGCCCAAAUCUUCUCCGAGGGCGGGCUCGACUACCUGGGCAACCCAAACCUGAUCCACGCCCAGAGCAUCCUCGCCAUCUGGGCCUCCCAAGUGGUGCUCAUGGGCUUCGUCGAGGGGUACCGGAUUGGCGGAGGUCCACUUGGCGAAGGGCUCGAUAAGAUCUACCCGGGCGGGGCAUUCGACCCGCUCGGGCUGGCCGAUGAUCCGGAGGCUUUUGCGGAGCUGAAGGUGAAGGAGCUGAAGAACGGGCGGCUCGCGAUGUUUUCGAUGUUCGGGUUCUUUGUCCAGGCCAUUGUUACCGGAAAGGGCCCGAUUGAGAACCUCUACGACCACCUUGCUGAUCCGGUGGCCAACAAUGCUUGGGCUUACGCCACUAACUUCGUACCCGGAAAGUGAAAAAAGACUAUUUGUGACAUGGGCCUGGGCAACUUGAUAUCAUUACCAGCGGAAACUGCUUAAAAUAUUGGGAGACUAUUUGUGUACUUUUAUGUGUUGUGUACCUUUUCUGCUGUAUUAAUGCCUGCUAUCAUCCUCAACAUCACCAAUUUAUGGAAGAAAGUAUGGAAUUUUUGUGUACUUAA